AAAAAAAACGUAAACACGUAAACAACCUUUGCCGCUGUUUGCCGCCAACGGUUUUUACUGAACAGUCACCGAUCGUCCUGUAUGGUAGACAUUUUUUCACACUGAUCAGCGAGAGGUAUUUUCAAUGUGAAAUUGAUUACACAAUUAUCAAGCAAUAAAUUAAGUACAAUUAAAAAACAGUUAAAUAAACAGUGAGAUAAUGACAAAAAAUAAAAAAAUAAAAACAUUUAAGACUAAUGAUGGAAAUGUUAGCGAGGGCAUUGUUGCAACAGAACAUCCAAUUGAAAUUAAUGAAUAUCUCAAUGAUUAUUGUCUUGCAAAUAUAUUCAGCCAUCUUCCAAUAUUACAAGCUGUUCGUGUAAAUCAAGUAUGCAAAAGAUGGAAAUCAGUACGAGAUAUAACUUGGUUUAAUAUUGAUAAAUUAGAACUUGAUAUUGAAGUUUUACCAUAUCAAAAUAAUGAACAAAAAAUAGAAGUCGUACUUGAAGUGUUAUCUCUUUGUGGCCAGCAUUUGAAACAUUUAACUUAUAAAAAUCUAUCAUUGGAUGACAAAAAGGUUCCAAAAAAGAUUAUUGAAAAAUGUUGUAAUUUAACAAUAUUUGAAUGUCAUUUGGUCAUUGAUGAUGAUGGUGAUAUAUUUUUCAACAAUUUAUGCAAGAGUAUGUCAAGACUAAAAGUUUUAAAAAUAUAUGAAAAAUACGAUCAACGCCAAGUACAUAAAAAAUGCAUGAUCUCUUCAAAUAGUUAUACUUCCAGUGUUGCGAUGUCUGUUCUGACAAGUGUACCAAUGACAAUUGAAAAAAUUUGCAUUAUAAAUCUCAAUAACUAUCCAAUUGAACUGAAUCAAUUGCCACUUGAAAAUUUUAAUUCUCUACAAUGUUUAACACUCAACAACUAUGAAAUUAAAAGUAAUAUUACAAAAAAAAUUGCAAAUACAAAAACAAUUAUGUACUUGGAUUUACAAGAGUGCUCUGUUGAAAAUCCAGAAUUGAUAAAUGAUUUGUACAACCUUGAGUAUCUUAAUAUUUGUAAGAUGUACUAUUUGAACCAAGAAAUGUUGGCAAAUAUUGGAUAUAAACUGAAAAAAUUGAAGCAUUUAGAACUAGAAGCAGUAUCAUCAACAGAAGACGAUCCAGAACUACCAGUUUCAUUUGCAGAAGUUGGUGAAUGUGAAAAUUUAAUGAAUUUAAACAUUCAUUAUGCUGAUAGCAUCAUUAUUGAUAGUAUAAUGUCAGGAUGUAAAAAACUUAAAUAUUUAUUUAUCCAGCAGUAUUUUCAUAAUUCCAGGACUUUAAUACAGUCUCAAGAUCUUGAAUCAUUGGCAAUUAGAUGGGCUGAUAAUAUUGAUGUUGAUUUGAUUCGUAAUAUUGCUAGAGAUUGUCCAAAAUUGAAAUACUUGUGCUUGAGCACUUGUCCAACUAGAGAUAUAUUGCAAGAAAUACCAAAUAAAUUUGCAAAUCUAUCAAAGUUGGACUUACGUGACAAUAAACAUGUUGAUGACAAUUUAUUAACUCAAAUAUCAUCAUCGUUAAAAGCUUUGAAAAUGUUAUCUUGUCAGAACUGUCUUAAAGUAACAAAUGAUGGUGUUGAAACAAUACUGAAAAAAUGUUUAAUACUUGAAAGAUUCAAUGUUGAUGGAUGUCCACAUAUCGGAAGUGAUAUUCGACCAAUUGUUAUCGGUGAAGCAAAACAGCGUACAAAUAACAUAAUUUUAUAUUUUCAAUUAAAUGAUGAGUAUGUAUUUAAUGAAAAUGAGUCACGUAGUCGUUAUCCAUGGCUCAGAUUUAUAUCACCAAAAAAAGCUUGUGGAAAAAAUACAUGGAGCCCAUUUAAUUAAAUUGGAAAAAUUCAUUUUACAUGUUGAUCAAUAGAUUUAAAGUUUUUUUUUUACUCUUAAUGUUUGAGCUUAUGUUGACUACUUGAUUAAUCAAAACAAUUAUCAUUGAAUGAUAAUAUUAUAAAAAUAAAUUUAUAAAAUUAAUCAUGUUUCUUUCAAGAUAUUUCUGCUGAUGCUAUCCGGCGUGAUGCUAAAAUAAAAUAAAUAAAAAAAUUUAAAAUUACUGUAAGACUAUUAUUAUGAAAGUGUAAGAAAUAUUUUUCUUUAUUAAUAAAAGACAUGAUAAAAAUUUAAAAAACAAAAUAAAA